AUGCAUGAUCAACUUAGAGCUGUCCAAGUUGUUAAAGACAGUGCCAAUGUUCCUGCUGAAGUGGAACCUCCCAAAAGGCUUAGAAGCAUGAUUCCUUCUCGAAUGAGACGAGAAACAUAUAUUCAUGUUUCAUGCGGUGAAGUAUUGAAAGUCCAACCGAAGACCAUCGUACACACUCGUGUACAUAAAGAAGAGAAUGAGGAAAGCGAGAUGCCAGGGUUAGACCCAAAGGUAGCUGUGCACCGCUUAGCAGUGAGGAAGGGGUGUCGCCCGGUUAAGCAAGCUCAACGAUGCUUCCGCCCCGAGCUCAUUCCCUCGAUUGAAACAGAAGUUCAUAAGCUUAUUGAGGAUAACUUCAUUCGUGAAGUUAAAUAUCCAACCUGGAUAUCCAGUAUUGUGCCCGUGCGCAAGAAGAACGGCCAGAUCCGCGUCUACGUAGAUUUUCGGGACCUCAAUGUGGCAUGCCCGAAAGAUGACUUCCCGCUUCCUAUCACGGAGUUAAUGAUAGAUUCCGUAACUGGACAUGAGAUCCUGUCAUUCAUGGAUGGCUCCUCUGACGACCUGGUUGUGAAGUCGAAAUUGCGCACAAAUCACUUGGUGCAUUUAAGGCAAGUCUUCGACCGCCUACGGAAGUUUCAACUCAAAAUAAAUCCCCUGAAAUGUGCUUUUGGGGUUGCUGCUGGAAAGUUUCUCGGGUUUACAGUUCGACACAGGGGCAUCGAGAUCGAGCAAGCAAAAAUCGAUGCCAUAAUGAAGAUGCCUGGUCGGUUGAUGAAAAAGGGCAUCCCAUUCAUAUGGGAUGAGGCAUGCAAGAACGCAUUUGAGAGUAUCAAGUCAUACUUGAUGAAGCCGCCCGUGUUAACUGCUCCUGUUCACGGUCGCCCGCUGAUCCUUUAUAUCUCCGCCCAAGAUUGUUCUGUGGGCGCCCUGCUUGCUCAGGAAAACGACAAGGGGAAAGAGAAAGCUCUCUACUAUCUCAGUAGAAUAAUGACCCCGAACGAGUUAAAGUACUCCCCAAUUGAAAAGCUAUGUUUGGCACUUGUGUUCGCCAUCCAAAAACUUAAGCACUACUUCGAGGCUCAUACCAUCCGGCUUGUUUCCAAAGCGAACCCGGUGAAAUAUGUUAUGGCGAAGGUCGUUCUCUCCGACCGCCUCGCAAGGUGGUACUUAUUGUUUCAACAGUUUGAAAUUAUAUAUGUGUCGCAAAAGUCUGUCAAGGGGCAAGCCUUGGCCGAUUUCCUAGCAGAUCACCCAAUACCUGCUGAAUGGGAGUUGUCUGACGAUUUGCCUGAUGAAGAUGUGUUCGUCAUUGAAGUCCUACCCCCAUGGAAGAUGUACUUUGAUGGAGCUUCGCAUAGAGAAGGGGCAGGUACUGGAGUCGUCUUCGUCACUCCAGAAUGCGAGGUGUUGCCAUAUUCAUUCACCUUGACCGAGCAAUGUUCAAACAACGUUGCUGAGUAUCAAGCAUUGAUACUUGGGCUCGAAAUAGCGGCUGACAUGAAGCAACUGAGAAUUAACAUUUAUGAAGAUUCAAAGUUGAUCAUAAACCAAGUGUUGAGUCUAUACGAAGUGAAAAAGGCGGAGUUAGUCCCAUAUAACAACUAUGCAAAGAUACUAAUGCAAUGGUUGGGGGACGUCACAAUUGAACAUGUACCGAUGAAGGAAAACAAGCAAGCUGACGCCUUAGCCGCAUUGGCUUCAACUAUUACUCAUCCUGCAGCCCGAGUGCGGGUAUGUCAAAAGUGGGUAGUUCCACCAAUCUUCAAUGAAGACGGCUCAGUUGAUGAAAUUGUUGAACUCCCUGCUGCCUCAGUGUAUGAUAUUGGCCAGGACGACUGGAGGCAAUCGCUAAUUGACUACCUCGCUGAUGGAAAGUUACCCGAAGAUUCACGUAAGAGGGUGGAUAUAAAGCGUCGAGCUCCUCGCUUCAUCCACUAUAAAGAGACGUUGUAUCGUCGUUCACUCGAGGGAGUCUUUCUCCGAUGCUUAGGGGAAGAAGAAGCUUUACAAGCUAUGCAAGAAGCUCAUUCUGGGGUUUGCGGUGCACAUCAAUCCGGUCCCAAGUUGCACUUCCACAUUAAGCGAAUGGGAUAUUAUUGGCCUACAAUGGUAAAGGAUUGCAUAGACUAUGCUCGAAGGUGCCAAGCUUGUCAAUAUCAUGCAAACUUUAUUCAUCAGCCACCAGAACCUCUACACCCAACAAUUGCAUCUUGGCCAUUUGAUGCUUGGGGACUUGAUGUGGUUGGCCCAAUUACGCCUAUGUCAUCUGCAGGGCACGCAUAUAUACUAGCUGCCACCGACUACUUUUCAAAAUGGGCUGAAGCCGUGUCACUGAAGGAGAAAGUGGUCUCAAAAUCGAAAAGGGACUGGCAUGACAGAAUGGAAGAAGCUUUGUGGGCGUAUAGAACCACAUAUCGCACACCUACUCAAAGAACUCCAUAUUCUUUGAUGUAUGGUGUGGAAGCGGUCUUGCCUCUAGAGCGCCAAAUACCUUCCUUAAGGUUGGCUAUACAGGAGGGUCUUACUGAUGAAGAGAAUGCUAAGCUACGCUUGGCUGAGUUAGAAGCCUUGGAUGAAAAAGGUCUGCAAGCACAACAAAGCUUGGAGUGCUAUCAAGCUCGUAUGUCUAGAGCUUUUAACAAAAGGGUAAGGACCCGUUCCUUUCAAAUUGGGGACAAAGUCCUAGCUGUUCGCAGGCCCAUCAUCGUCACGAGAAAAACCGGUCACAAGUUCACUUCAAGGUGGGAUGGUCCAUACGUGAUUUUAGAAGUUUACACCGGUGGGGCUUACAAGCUGAUUAGUGAAGAUAGUUUGAAGAUCGGUCCAAUUAAUGGAAGGUUCCUAAAGCUUUACCACCCUUAA